UCCCAAGUCAAUCUAGAAUCUGUUUUGUCUUUCACUGAAGGAAUUUAUCCCUUUUGAAGCAUUCACAGGAUUUCAGGAUGAAAAAAUUGAUGAGCCGAACCACCAAAAAUGUCCUUGUGGUUUCAUUUGGAUUUUUGCUCUUAUUCACAGCAUAUGGAGGGCUGCAGAGUUUACAGAGCAGUCUUAAUGCUGAGGAUGGAAUGGGUGUUAUUUCUCUCAGUGUCAUCUAUGGAGCUAUCAUUUUGUCCUCGAUGUUUCUGCCUCCAAUAAUGAUCAAAAAUCUGGGCUGUAAAUGGACCAUCGUCCUUUCUAUGGGUUGUUAUGUGGCAUAUUCCUUUGGAAACCUUGCGCCAGGCUGGCCAAGUCUGAUGACAACCUCUGCUAUUCUGGGUAUGGGAGGUUCACCGCUGUGGUCUGCAAAAUGCACUUAUCUCACAAUAAGUGGAAACAAACGAGGCCAGAAAAUCAACAAGAAGGGCCAGGAUAUCAUCAACCAAUAUUUUGGCAUCUUUUUCUUCAUUUUUCAGUCAUCAGCGGUGUGGGGAAACCUCAUGUCAUCUCUGAUAUUUGGCCAGGAUACUAGCAUAGAAGUCCCUGAGGAGAACCUGCAGUUCUGUGGUGCGACAUCAUGUGUUGAAAAUUUCACAGUCGCAAACUCAACCCUUCCAGCAAGACACCUAGUGAACACACUGCUAGGCAGCUAUAUUGGUGUGGGGGUUCUGGCCAUCAUUUUUGUGGCGGUUUUCCUGGACAACAUCGACCGAGAUCUGGCCAGAGAAUUUCGUAAAACCAAGGGCAACAAGUCAUUUUGCAGCACCUUUCUGGCUACCUUCAAGCUCUUGAGAGAUCCUAGAUUGUUGCUUCUCAUCCCAUUGACCAUGUACAGUGGGUUUGAGCAAAGUUUCCUCGCUGGUGAAUACACAAAGAACUAUGUGACUUGUGCGAUAGGAAUACACUACGUUGGCUUUGUGAUGAUCUGCUUUGGUGCUUCUAACUCCCUGUGCUCAUUCGCAUUUGGUAGACUGGCUCAAUACACUGGAAGAAUCGCCCUCUUUUGCUUGGCUGCAGUGACAAACCUGGGCUGUUUUCUGGGUCUUUUGUACUGGAAGCCUCAUCCGGACCAGCUGGGCGUGUUCUUUGUGUUUCCAGCCCUCUGGGGGAUGGCAGACGCUGUGUGGCAAACACAAACCAAUGCACUUUAUGGCAUUCUCUUUGCUAAGGACAAGGAAGCAGCAUUUGCCAACUACCGCAUGUGGGAGUCACUCGGUUUUGUUAUAGCCUUUGCUUACAGCACAUUCAUCUGCCUGUCCACCAAAAUCUACGUUGCUCUGGCUGUUCUUGCCCUUACUAUGGUAACUUACCUUUACGUUUUGAAAUACAACGAGUACAAGCAUCCAACUCCACAAGUGACUACUGAUGACUUGCAUAAACCAGAAAAGGCUGACUUCAAAGAAUUAAAUGACAAAUAUAUUAUCUCUCAAACAAAACUGUAAAUAGAUUUUGGUUGAUAUUUUUGCCUCAGUAUGGAUCUCAGUAUGUAAAAUGUUGAUUGUUGUUGUUGUUAUUGUCAUUCAGAGAUUAUUUUUACAGUAUGUUUAUGAAAGUGUUGAGAAACGAUUCUGUUUUGUUUUGUUUUUGAUGUAGCAUGUAAAAGUUUUGAUAAUUUUCUUUAAUAUUCUUUAUAUCUGUACAAAAGCACAAAUAAUUUCUUUCAGUAUAUGCAUUCAAAUACUUUUUUCUUUUAAUAUGUUUAUUGUGGUUUUCUCAUAUUUGCAGUAAGUGCAGCAGACUGAAUGCUGCAUGUUAAAUGUGAACAUGCCAGGUUGAGUGUUGAAAGGUGAAGAUUUACAAAGUGUUUAGAAGAUAAAAAAAUAUGAUCAUAAAGUAGGUUUGUAUCGUUUUGGGAUCGCUGUCUAUAUGUAGCAAAUCAGCUUUUUUUCCCAGAAACAUGACUUUGAAUUCUAUUACACCAGGGACUGUGCCAGUUUCCUAUCGCAUUUAUUAUGCUGAGUCAAAGAUCACAUGCCAAAUCUACAAAACGAAAAUCACGGGAUGAGAUCUAGAUAAUAAUCUACUGAGAACAUAAAAAAUAACAUAAGAAAUUAUAUAAUAAUCAUUCCACACAGAAUAUUACACGAAAUGUAAAUACUGCCACAAGAUUAAAAUAAUAGAAGUAAUAAAAAAAGAUUACACAGAUUAUAAUCUUUACAGCCUUUAUCAGCAAUGUCUUUUACAUUUCAAGGGCAUUUACAUGUUACAGGAUCUUCCUGAGAUUCCCAUAUAGAUUUUCUGAGUGAGUCAUUAUGAAGCUUUAAAAAAAAAAAAAUUUUUUUUGCAGAUUUUACAUUCUUCCUGAAGCAAUGGUUAUUGGGUUAUUACUGCUGUUAUGUAAGACAUGAAUGAACAAUGUAACAGAACAAGGUUAUUGAAUCUCAUUCUGUGCACCUGGGUUGUAAUACAGGCAAUAACUCUGGUUAGACAUCUCUGAAUGAUAGCAAUAAAUAUGUGACAAAGACA